AUGUCCAGCAUGUCAAGUCGAGAGACUUCGGAGAGCGAAAAAGAUGCCAUACAACGCUACAGACCAGAACAAGAAGGCACGCAAUACAAUGACCUCACCAAACAAGCCAGUCGAGGGUCCGAACUGAAGAAGGUUGCGAGCAAUACUCUGGGCAAGGUCGCCUCCCGCUUGACGACGCGAGAUAUCGUUGAUCCGGGCCCUCCUCCUGACGGAGGGACGAAAGCAUGGAUUCAAGUCGCAAUGGGCUGGGUGGUCUGCGUGUGUACCUGGGGAUAUAUCAACUCUUUCGGCGUGUUCCAGACAUAUUACAGCGAAACGCUGGGCGAAUCGCAGUCCACGAUAUCCUGGGUCGGCUCCCUACAGUUAUGGACAGUGUUCUUUGUUUCGGCUUUCUCUGGACGGGCACUAGAUGCAGGACUAUUCAUACCCACCCUGAUAGUCGGAGUGACCGUCCAACUCAUUGGCAUAUUCAUGACCAGUCUCUGUACAGUGUUCUGGCAGCUGCUGCUGGCCCAGGGGCUGUGCACAGGCUUGGGAAGUGGAAUAUUCUUCUGCCCGACCAUGGGUCUGGUUACGACUUACUUCAAGGACAAACGGGGCAUCGCCGUCGCCAUUGUAACGACUGGUAAUUCCGUUGGCGGCGCGGUCUAUCCGGUCAUUGUCCGCCAAUUGCUGCCAAAGAUUGGCUUCGCCUGGACUGUGCGCGUGCUGGGCUUUGUGAACCUGGCCUUGCUAGCUACCGCGCUUGCUUUUAUGCGGCCAAGGCUGCCGCCUCGAAAAGCCGGGCCGGUCAUUGAAUGGAAGGCCUUCUACGAGGUGUCGUAUGAUUGCGUCCUGAUUGGAAUGUCUCUCGUCUUCGGUGGCCUUUUCUUCUCUUAUUAUUAUAUCGCCUCCUACGGCCGCGAUAUUAUCGGCAUGAGCUAUGCCGACUCGUUGACUUUGCUCAUCAUCUUCAACGCCGCCGGCAUACCAGUGCGCUUGUUGACUGGUUGGAUUGCAGAUCGGUUCUCGGGACCUUUGAAUGCGAUGGUGAUACUCCUAUUCAUCAAUGGGCUUUUUGGCCUUGUGUGGAUCGCCGUUGGUUCCGAACCCGGCCUGUACGUGUUUUCCAUCUUCUACGGCUUUUCUGCUGGCGCCUUUCAGUGCCUCUUUCCGACGACAGUGACGAGUUUGAACAAUGAUGUGAGCAAGAAUGGGACAAGGUUGGGCAUGGCGUUCUCACUUUUUAGUUUUGCUGGUCUUGCUGGUCCGCCCAUUGGAGGUGCAUUACUCGGCACAAAUGGAGGCGGACGAGGCGGUUAUCUAUCUGCGCAACUGGGGCUGGGUUUAGCGACGAUGCUGGGAGCGCUAUUUAUGGUGGCUGCCAGAGUGUACAAGGAUGGCUGGGGUUUGAGGGUAAAAUGUUGA